GUAAUUGAAAUAAAUGAUACAAUUAUUUAUGUCACUGAAGCAAAACGGGAAGAUCUCAGUUACGUUGUUGGUCAGAGUACAGUGCAAGCACAUUCGAUACAAUACAAUAUAAAGAAUAGAAAGCGCACAUAUGAUGAAGCUGAUUUGGAUGAAAGCGAGAUGUGUUGUAUUGUUUCAACUGUGGUAAAGUGUAGCACACAUUGUCCAUCCGAUACAGAUUAUUGUUUUACUAUCACACCUCCUGAUAAGGAUUUGCAAGAAGACCAACAAUAUGUAAACUUUAAAUUAGUAGCUCCAAAGGAUGUUGGAUGGGUUGGAAUUGGAAUUGGAAGUGGAAUGACAUCAUCAUAUUUAAUUGUUGCAUGGCCGAAUAAGGAUGGAACAGUUACUCUCUCUCAACGUCAAACGACAUCUUAUAGUGAACCAAAAGUUACGGAAUAUCAAAACGACCUUAUUAAUAUGACAACAACAACUAAUGGUGAUGGGAAAUUAGAAGUCAAUUUUAAACGUCUCGUAAAAGUAACCACGAAUACUAUUCCUAAUAAUGGAGAUUUCGUAUGGGCAAUUAGUAAUACUCCAGUAGAUAAUUCUGAUCCUAGUGCAACUAUUAAGAUUCAUUCAAAAAAAGGGGUUAUAAAAAUGAAUUUGGCUGAAGGUGAUACUUCUUCAAACUUAACUCGUAAUGAUAAAUUAAUUAUUGCUCAUGCUAUUAUAAUGUUUAUAGCGUGGGGUAUAGCUGUACCAGGUGCUAUUUUCAUUGCAAGAUUUGCCAGAAAUUUAUUACCCAAAGUUUGGUUCCAUUUACAUUGGUCAAUUCAAGUUUUCUUAACUACUCCUUUAGUAAUUGUUGGUGGUAUAUUAUCUACUUUGGCUGUAAAGGGUGGUUCGGUCGUGCCCUUGUGA